AUGGCGUCCGCUGCGCCGCCGGCGACACCUCAGCGGCCGGUGCCUGGCAAUUUCAUCAACACUCCGGCGCCGCAACAGCAGCAGAAACGUCCAGGCCAGACAAUAUUUGGCCCUCAAGCUGAGUCGCUGAGGGAGAGAGCAGCGCCGUCACAGUCUGCGAAUGUGCCCACACAGUCGCCGAGCUCGACCAAGGAGACACUGGCACAAAAAGCAGCCAAAUCCAUCGAUUUGACGCUGCAAUGGGAGGAGCAGUUCCCGCAGCUGGAGAACUAUAUAGCUCAAGGCAUCAGUGGAGAGUAUGAGCAGCCCACAAAUCAAGCGCUACAGCCUUUCCAGGAGCAGAAGACAUAUGAGCUUCCACAGCGCGUACUGGCUCAAAUGAAUGAUGCACAGAUGGCAGUUCUGAUGGGCAUAUUUGCGCCUCUGGGGCAUGCAUGGAUUGCGCUUGACAAUUGCUUAUAUCUCUGGGACUACACUGCAGCCAAUCCCGAUAUUAUUGGAUAUGAAGAUGCUCCUCAGCCCAUCACUGCCGUACGACUCGUGCCACCAAAACCGGGUGUUUUUGUGGAAGACAUCAAGCACAUGAUUGUUGUUUGCACACAGCAUGAGAUGCUGCUGCUUGGUACUGCCAAGUCCGUCAAUGCCAAUGGCGCUCCCACUGUCAACUUGUACGACACCAAGAUGAAGAUCAAUAUUAGUGGCAUCAAUGUCACCAAUAUUGUCGCAUCCAGGAAGACUGGUCGCAUCUUCUUUUCUGGCGAGCACAGCGAUGACAUUUACGAAUUCCACUAUCAGCAGGAGGAAGGCUGGUUCAGUGGAAAAUGUCAGAGAAUCAAUCACACCUCGGGCAGCAUUGGCAGUCAGCUCACGAGCCGUAUUACCGCCGUGGGCUCACUGUUUAGUCCCGCAUCACCAUCAAAGUCUUUCAAGCAGAUAGUCAUUGACGACUCCCGGAAUCUACUGUGGACGCUGAGCAAGGCAAGCGAGAUACGAGUCUGGCACGUUAACGACCCCAACUCUCUCACGCCAGGUUUGAUGCGUCCCUUGGCUUCGCUACUUCAAAAUGCAGGCGGCCUCUUCCAAAGCAGGACAGACUUGCUCACCGGCAGAGAUGUGCAUCUUGUCUCACUCAGUGUGCUUUUGGCCGCAGAGACGACGAAGCUUGCCCUUAUGGCCUCAACCAAUACUGGAUGUCGACUCUACCUCUCCGUCACACGCGGGUACGGCUUUCAAGCAGAUGCCCAAAAUCCUCCCUCCAGCAUUCAGAUCUCCCAUAUCCGCUUUCCAGCAAGAGACCCCAACGCACCUGUCAAUCCGGCACAGUCCCGCCAAACGGCACUGGCACCAUACCAGCAACCAUCAGGCCCAUCAAGCCAAGUCGACAGUACAUCUACAUAUCUUCUAGGGAUAGAAACAGCAUAUCGCUUUCCGCCGGGCUACUGGAUGGCGUAUCAGAGAGAUCCCAACAACCCCACUCGAAAUAGAAAAGUGUUUUGCGUUGCGACCGACACCGGCCGUUUGAAAAUGCAGAGAGACGUCAACAUGACAAGCCCGUUCAUCGAAUAUGGCCAGUGGAUUCCAGUAAGCGACGAGUUGUAUGAGAUUGCGGAGCUGACGGAUCCAUUUGGCGCUACAAAGCAGCCUGUUGGCUUCGGCAACGAACUUGCAGUGCAGUUCGACCAAAGAUCUGCUGAAUUUGCCAUCGUAACGGCAUCCGGUAUCCAGACUAUACGUCGGAGACGGCUGGUCGACAUGUUUGCAUCGUUGAUGAAGUACGGCUCGAAGGACGAGGAAGGCACGGAAGGCGACAUCAAGCGAUUUAUUCGUACUUAUGGUCGGGGCGAAACAGCUGCGACUGCUCUCGCAGUUGCAUGUGGCCAGGGCGUUGACAUGGACGGCACUCGCAUCGCUACUGUUUCGGAUCCUGAAGUGCUCGAGAAGGCACGAAAGGUCUUUGUCGAAUACGGUGGCAGCCCGGAAUACAAUGCCAACGCUGUUGUCGCUGACAAUCGCGCGCCUGAAGAGGAUGUCAAACCGAGCCCGCGAUUUGAAGGUAUCUCGAUCUUCGUGGCUCGACUAGCCCGUUCGGUCUGGCGGUCCAAGAUCAUCGUUGACAACCCCAAGCCAGGAUUCAACGGGCCCAGAUUCGUGCCAGGCGUCAGCCUUGAUAAGCUCAAGGACCUCCAGCGCUAUCUGACCUCUCUCCUCGGCUUCUUAGAUCGCAAUCGCACCUUCAUCGAUGGCAUGUCUGGUCCAUCCACACUCAGCCGCGUCAAGACCCGACAAGAAGAGAUCGCCCUUCGUGGUGAGCACAGCUACAUGCACGGCAUGCUCAAUCUGAUUGAGAGCAUCAACGAAGGCAUCAGCUUCGUGGUCGUCUUAUUCGACGAGCGUAUUGAGGAUAUACUUGCACUGCUACAUGAAGAAAGCCGGAGAAGAGCGCUCGAUUUGACUUUCCAAGCUCUAUUUGUCAGUCCUGAAGGCAGAGACCUCGCAAAGGAGCUAGUGAAGGCCAUAGUCAAUCGCAACAUCUCCAACGGCAGCAAUGUCGACACUGUCGCAGAAGCACUGCGCCGAAGAUGUGGCAGCUUCUGUAGCGCUGACGAUGUUGUCAUCUUCAAGGCACAAGAGGCGAUCAAGCGAGCGACAGAGACCGGUGCUCAGAGUGAGCCUGGUCGCGCAUUGCUCAACGAGAGUCAGCGCCUAUUCCAGAAAUGCGCUGCAAGCUUAUCCGAUGAAUAUCUCAAGAGAGCUGUCGAAGACUACGUGAGUGCGGCCUUCUACGCUGGUGCCAUUCAACUCUGCUUGACAGUGGCCAACGAGAAAGACAAGGCAAAGAGAGCAUGGGCAUGGAUGAAGGAUGGCGCAUUGGACGCCGACCCGAGAAGAGACAGCGCAUAUGCACCCCGUCGGAGAGCAUAUGAGCUGAUCUUCGCCGUCAUCACUCAUCUUGAUGCAGCAACAGCCAAUGCGCCAGAACUCGAGGAGGAUGGAAAGCGUUCUCUGGCUCAGAAGAGACGGACUGAGGCAUACGACAUCAUCAACAACUCUGACGACUAUGCAUUCCUCACUGACCUCUACGACUUCUACAUCAAUAUCCAAAAUCAGCCCGACCGACUCCUUGCAAUCACAAAUCCCUUCGUCGUGGAGUACCUCCGCAAAAAGAGCUCAGAACACAGCAACGGCUCAAGGCUUUAUGCGGAUCUCCUUUGGCGAUACUUCAGCCACUAUAACGAUUACCUUCAGGCCGCCACUGUCCAGCUUGACCUUGCUCGGUGUGACAUUGACAUUCCUCUAGAUGAGCGGAUAGAGUAUCUUUCACUCGCUCGCGCAAAUGCCAGCACGAGACAGACUAUCAUCACAGAUUCGAGACAGAGCAAGCAACGGCUCCUCCGCGAAGUCUCCGACCUCCUCGACAUUGCCGAAGUCCAGCAAGAGCUUCUUGAACGCUUAAGAGCUGAGACACGCAUUCAAGACCCAGAGCGAAAGCAGCAGCUCGUCGAUGCCCUCAACGGCCAAAUCCUCCCGGUCGAACGCCUCUUCAUGGACUACGCCGAAGCCGCCAAGUACCACGACAUCUGUAUUCUCCUAUACAAAGUCGCCGAUCAUCGCAACCCCGGCGACAUCAAAGCGAGUUGGAUGCAAUUAAUCCGCGACACCAGCGCAGAAACAAUCGCAGUUCACGGCAAGAAAUUGAAGGCUUGGGAAGCCGUCGGCAUGACUGUCCACUCCCUAGGUCGCCGCCUCGGCACUUCGCCCUCCACAUUCCCCGUCAACACUCUCCUCCCUCUGCUCGAAGAAUACGCCAUCGAACCUCGCCAAGAACACCCGCCUGACACCUGGGCCAUCGACCUCAUGCUCGACCUGGAAAUCCCAGCCGAGACACUGCUUCCCGUCGUUGAAACCAUGUACUACUCCAACGCUCACCCAUGGAAUUCUGCUAGUAAGAAGCGGAAGUUGGCGGAGAAAAUGGUAUACCUUGUGCAGAGAUGGUUUGCGGAUAGUGAGAGGAGUGGUGAGAGGGCGCUGUUUGGCAGUGAGGAGAAUUUGAGUCUCGUCAUGGAGUGUUUGAAUUCGCUGGCUAGGGACAAUAGUUCGGGACAGGAAGGACGAGAAGGUGCAUUGAGGAUGUAUAGGUAG